UUUAACGUCUACAAUUAGGGCUUUGGUAGAUCUUCUCUUCCGCCUCUUUGUGCAGAAGCCUAACAAUGAGAUAUGCACUCACUUUUUCACCGAUUCCUCAAUACAUUCUUCACUCCUUCAGAAAUCCUAAAUGUCUUUGUUCUAAAACCCAGUUUCCCGACGUAGAUAUCUUAGACCAUCAGAAUCCCAGCAGUCCCCACCCAAACACCAACUUUCCCGAGAAAAUUGUCCUUGAUUCCAAUUCCCCUGAGAAAAUCAAUUCAUGCUCUCAUUUUCCUUCUAACCCAACUGCCCCAGCGCCCAAAGAUGCCCACUCAACAGCACCAAUCUCCGAAAGCGAGAUUUUGAGGGGAAGCCAUUUGAUUGACACUCUUCUGAGUCACAGGACCAAUCCAUAUCGUGCUUGGAGAUACUUCAAUGAGGUAGAAAGUAAGCGUGGUUUUGUCAAGGGUAUUGAUUCGUUUUGUGUUUUGCUUCAUAUUUUGGUGGGAUUUCCUGAGACUCAUAGAUUCGCUCGUAAUUUGCUCAAUUGGUUUUGCUCUGGUGAUUCAAGCCCCACGCCUUGUGUUGUUGUUGAUCAUUUAAUGGACUCUGCGGAGAGGUUUGGUUUUCAAUUAGAUUCUCCAGUUUUUGAUUUUCUGUUGAAUGGUUAUGUUAGAGCUACUAGGCUAAGUCAUGCCAUGAAGUGUUUUGAUGGGAUGAUAGAGCACGAUAUAAUUCCUUCAGUUAAAUCUUUUAACAUAUUUCUGGCUGCUUUAGUUAGGAGCAAUUUGAUUGUUGAAGCAAGAGAACUGUAUAAUAAAAUGAUUCUGAAAGGAGUAAGUGGUGAUUGUGCUACUAUUCAUAUGAUCAUGCGAGCUUGUUUGAAAGAAGGGAAGCCUGAGGAUGCUGAGGAGUUAUUCAGUGAGGCAAAGACUAGAGGUCUAGCAUUUGAUGCUGCUGCAUAUGAAGUUAUUAUUUGGGCUGUCUGUAAGAAGCCCAACUCUAGUUUGGCCUAUGCUUUGUUGAAGGAGAUGAGAGAUAUGGGAUGGGUUCCUUCUGAGUGUGCAUUCACUUGUAUAAUUGGGGCUUGUGUUAAGCAGGGAAAUAUGGUAGAGGCGUUGAGGAUUAAGGAAGAGAUGGUGAGUUGUGGAAAAAUGAUGAAUUUGGUGGUUGCAACCAGUUUGAUGAAAGGAUAUUGCAAGCAAGGUGAUAUGGUAAGUGCUUUUAAUAUGUUUGAUAAGCUAUGUGAGGAUGGACCUAUUCCAAAUAAGGCUGCAUUUGCAGUUUUGAUUGAAUGGUGCUGUAAGUGUGGGAACAUGGAAAAGGCACGCCGCCUUUACUGCCAAAUGAAAGAAUUGGGCAUCUUGCCUACCGUCUUUAUUGUGAAUUCCCUGAUACGUGGAUUCUUGAAAACUCGGUCAUUAAAAGAAGCGUUUGAGUUGUUAGAUGAGGCAGUUGUGCAUGGCAUUGCCAAUGUUUUCACGUAUAACACUCUCCUAUCUUCGCUUUGUAAAGAGGGCGAGGUAAGUGAAGCUUGCACUUUAUGGGAAAAGAUGGUGAAUAGAGGUGUUAUGCCCAGUAUAGUUUCUUAUAACAAUCUGAUACUUGGCCAUUGCAGAGACGGGAACAUGGAUAUGGCACAUGGUGCAUUUCUGCGGAUGCUUGAUUGUGGGUUAAGACCUAAUGUUGUGACAUAUUCUACUUUAAUUGAUGGGUAUUUCAAAAACGGAGAUGCAGAACAUGCCUUUGAUGUGUUCGAUAAAAUGGUGGGUGAGAAUAUUACCCCCACGGACUACACUUUCAAUACAAUUAUUACCGGUUUGUGCAAAGUCGGUCGUACAUCUGAGUCAACCAAUAAGCUGAAGAAAUUUGUUGAGGAAGGUUUCAUUCCCAUCUGUAUGACAUACAAUUCCAUUAUAGACGGGUUCAUAAAGGAAGGCUCUAUUGAUUCUGCAAUGGCUGUUUAUAGAGAGAUGUGUAAGAGUGGAGUUUCCCCUAAUGUUAUCACCUACACAAGCUUGAUCGAUGGGUUUUGCAAAACCAACAACAUUAAUCUUGCUUUGAAAAUGCGGAAUGAGAUGACAAACAAGGGUCUCCAACUAGAUGUUACAGCAUAUUGUGCUCUCAUUGAUGGGUUCUGCAAAAGACGAGAUAUGGAUCGUGCACGUGAGCUUUUCUCUGAACUCCGUGAAAUUGGGUUAUCUCCUAAUGCAGUGGUUUACAAUAGCUUAAUUAGUGGUUUCAGGAGUAUAAAUAACAUGGAAGCGGCACUUGAUUUACAUAAGGCUAUGAUGAAAGAGGGAAUUCCUUGUGACUUGAAAACAUACACUACGUUAAUUGAUGGGUUGCUAAAAGAGGGUAAACUACUCUUCGCGUCAGAAAUUUACUCAGAAAUGCUUGACAAGGGUAUUGUUCCUGAUAUAGUCACAUACACUGUCCUGAUAAAUGGUCUUUGUAACAAAGGACAGGUAGAUAAUGCCCGGAAGGUUUUAGAAGAGAUGGAUAAGAAGAGUCUGACUCCAAGUGUUCUUAUUUAUAAUGCCCUAAUUGCUGGACACUUUAGAAAGGGAAAUCUGGAAGAGGCUUUUAGACUGCAUAACGAGAUGCUUGACAGAGGUCUUGUACCUGAUGAUGCUACUUAUGACAUCCUUAUCAAUAGAAAGUUAAGAGGUGAAAAUUUACUCUCCGGAGUUUCGCAUGCUUGAAAAGCAAGUUGACUAACCACUGUUUCUGAGUUGGCCUCAACAUUGUUUUGGCCUUUGAACGAUAAAAACAUAUAAUGGCCUGCAAUAAGUAUCACGGUGAAAGCCUUCGCUGUCUGCUAUGAAGUUUGAGUGCCUUCAUCUUCCUUGGGCUCACUGAAGCAGAAAUGUCAAAAAGUUUGCUGCUCAUCGAAAUUAAUGGGCUCAUCUGCAGUGUGCAAGUGUGUGCUCAGGUGGUUGGCACAAGCUGCAGUGUUAGCUGAGCUCUGGUCGCAGUUGGCAUAAACCAACCAACCUACUUUGGAAUCAGGCAUGAAGGUCAACCUGCCAUGUAACAUCACAAGAGUUGUUCCACCUAAUCUAGUUAGCUUUGCAUUAUCCCCCACACUUCAAGUCAACUGUAUAAAUAUAUUAUUGGCUUUGAUUUGGAAUUACAAAUUCAACUGUUCUGAUUCUUUCUAUGCAAGGAAUGUACAGCAAGAAGAAUAAUAUGUGUAGAGAUUGUUUUUUUAUACAAGUAUUUGUGGUUACCUGA